CCAACUCUUCUCCUUCUCUCUUCUCCAACCAACCAAAAAAAAAAACACAAAGAAAAUAAAGAAAAAAAUGGCAACCGCAGCUGCUCUCUCCGGCACCAUGGUCAGCACCUCCUUCGUCCGCCGGCAGCCGGUGACAAGCCUCCGGUCACUCCCCAGCGUCGGGCAGGCUCUUUUCGGCGUAAAGGGCGGCCGCGGUGGGCGGAUAACCGCCAUGGCUGUUCACAAGGUGAAGCUCAUUACGCCUGAAGGGCCGCAAGAGUUCGAGUGCCCGGAUGACGUGUACAUCCUGGACCAGGCGGAGGAGCUUGGGAUCGAUCUGCCGUACUCUUGCCGGGCGGGGUCUUGCUCUUCCUGCGCCGGGAAAGUAGUGGAAGGCCCCGUGGAUCAGUCGGACGGGAGCUUCCUCGACGACGACCAGCUUGGACGCGGGUGGGUUCUCACGUGCGUUGCUUACCCGCAGGGCAACGUUGUAAUUGAGACCCACAAGGAGGAGGCCCUGACGGAGGAUUCUUAAGGAACUUGAGUUCAUAGCUGCUCUCUCUCCCUCUGUCACUUUAUAAUGUUUUGUCGGUUGGCUGGCUACAUGUCGUCGUUUAUGUUUUUAGAUCAACGAGUUGGUUUUCUAUUUUUAUGUUUUUUGUUGCCUUUCGUUUGCAGUCACAAAUGAAAAAUGUUGUAGUUUAUCAAUAAUUAUCAUCUUCCAUUUCAUGCC